GAAAAAAAGCAUUGAUAAGCUUGAAAAUAUCCAAAGAGAUGUGUGUAGGUAUGCAAGUGUGUCCACAUCAGGACAUCCACAUUUCUGACAGCUCUACUCUUCGCAUUCGGAGCCAAAUUCUCUCCUCUGAUCCCCAUAGCCCACAGGUCACAAUUUGGCUGCCUCAAUCUAUGUAUAGGAGAAAAGGGAAAGGACAAAAAUCUAUUGGUGGGCAUUAUUAGCUCAUUGGAAUGAAGCAAAGGACCACCAGAUUUCUAGUCCUCAAGGAUUCUCCUUCACGCUGAGAGCUGCGAUGUGUGAAUGCGUGCAUACACACACGAAUAACAACCAAGACACUUUUCUGGCUGAGUCGGCCAGCAAACUUCACGCUUGACUUCUUCCCUCCGGGCCUUUCAAACUGGCGCGUCAGGGUCUUCCUCGUGCUUCGGGUCUCGACUCGCGCCUUUGGGCUCCUUACACGCGGCUCUCAUACUCCCUUCUCUACCCGACGGUCCGUUCCCUGCCCCUCCCUAGGUAGGACCGGGUCCCGACUGGGGGAUGCCCCGAGGAGCAGCCUGCAGGGGCGGAGGGGAGCGGGACGGCCGCUUGAGGGGAAAGAGAGCAGCCUCGGCAGGGUGUGAUGUCAGCGGCCGCGAGGAGGAGCCUGCCCUUGCGGGCGCUUUUACUUUCAGGCUCCGCGCCACCGCAAGCGGCCACUGCCGGAGCCGUGUCCGCCCCGCUCGACCAUGACGUCCCGGGGGCCGGCCGCCUUCGCUGCCGCCUCGCCACUGACCCGGGGAACUUUGGGCGCGCCCGCGGCUUUGCUUCUCUGAAGCGCCCGCUCCCUUCCCGCCUGCCGGGCAUGGCGCUGCCUGCAACUGCUUCAUGAUGAUGAUGAUGAUGGUGGUGGUGGUGAUGUUUGUGGUGGUUGUUAUGAUUACUGCUCUGCAACAACGCCGGGCAUGUGAAAUCCCGAGCAUCAUGCCAGCAACGCGCCUGUUCCUGCUCCGUCCCUUCAGCCUCCUGCUGCUGCUGCUGGGGCCGCGUCUCUUUGUGGGAUCUUUCUCCCUGGGCUCUGCCUCCUCUCCCUCGCCCGCCGAGCGUCCCUCCGUCGCUACGGCGGGGCCUCGGGCAGCGGCGACCAUCCAGGGGAGAUCCGCUUUUCUUGCGGCUUCCUCCCCGCUACUUCCGAGGGAGAAAGGAAGCCCGCAGCCUUCCGCGGCAUCUGUCAGCGUUUGGGAUCGGACGGCGGAUCGAGACGGCGGCAGCGACAGCCCGGCCGUUACGACCAGACAAAAUGAUGUAUAUAGUCCAAACACUGAAGCAAAGACUUCCACUUCCUAUAUACGGAGUCUAGAUGAAGCCAGUACAUCUGAAAAUGAUAAAUUAAGGACGUUGUGGACCAACUUAACUUCGGCAUCUGUAGCUGCAACAGGAAGUACCACAUCUUACACCAAAAUAAUCAGAUCUGUGAACGUGACACCACAGUUAUCUCAAAUGAUACAAACCAAGCGAGCAAGUGCCUCACGAAAUAUGGCAGGUAUUGCCGAAUCUGAAUCAGUGACUCCCAAGACAGCAAAUUCUCCAGUUUUGGAGAAAAAAUAUUCAGCCAUUGGAAGCAACUACCAUACAGCUAAUAUCUGGGAUGAAGACAGCACAACGUCCAGUUUUCAUAUUCCAGACACGAGCAGUUCAGCAACAUUCAGUCACAGUUCAGAAAGGACUUCCCGCUUUCUUAGAAAGAAUUUCACUGGAAAACAGCCAGCUACUCGAAAACAACUUGCUACAUCUUCUGGUCAGACCCAAUGGUCAUCUCAUGUAACAUUCCCAAUAUCCCAAAGUAGGACAUCAAAUGCCAGACACCCUGAUUCUUUAACAAGGAUUGUGCUUACUCAGUCUUAUACUUCUCCACAAACUAAUACUCAUCAGUUAAGCAGAAACUCCAACACAGAGAAAAGAAUUUCCAGUUCUGAUAUGGAGUAUAUGACAAUUCUGAGCAUAUCCAAAAGAAGUGAGGAGAAGAUAUUUCAAACUAUAAGAGACUUCAGCAGUUCUCAAGGUCCACAUAAUACACCUGCAAUCUCUAACCUUGAAAUGUCCACCAAUGGAGGGAAGAUACUACAAACUCUCGGAGACAGCAGUUCUCAAGGUCCACAUUCUACAUCUGCUGCCUCAAACCUUGAAAAAUCCACCAGUGGGGAGAAGAUACUACGAACUGUCAGAGACAUCAGCAGUUCUCAAGGUCCACAUUCAGCAUCUGCUGACUCAAACCUUGAAAUGUCCACCAGUAGGAGGAAGAUACUACGAACUCUCAGAGACAUCAGCCAUUCUCAAGAUCCACAUUCUACAUCUGCUGUUUCAAACCUUGAAAAAUCUACCAGUGGGGAGAAGAUACUACGAACUCUCAGAAACAUCAGCAGUUCUCAAGAUCCACAUUCAGCAUCUGCUGUCUCAAACCUUGAAAAAUCCACCAGUGGGGAGAAGAUACUACAAACUCUCAGAGACAUCAGCCAUUCUCAAGAUCCACGUUCUACAUCUGCUGUCGCAAACCUUGAAAAAACCACCAGUGGGGAGAAGAUACUACGAACUCUCAGAGACAUCAGCAGUUCUCACGAUCCACAUUCUACAUCUGCUGUCGCAAACCUUGAAAAAACCACCAGUGGGGAGAAGAUACUACGAACUCUCAGAGACAUCAGCAGUUCUCACGAUCCACAUUCUACAUCUGCUGUCUCAAACCUUGAAAAAUCCACCAGUGGAGAGAAGAUACUACGAACUCUCAGAGACAUCAGCCAUUCUCAAAAUCCACAUUCUACAUCUGCUGUCUUAAACCUUGAAAUAUCCACCAGUGGGGAGAAGAUACUACAAACUCUCAGAGACAUCAGCCAUUCUCAAGAUCCACAUUCUACAUCUGCUGUUUCAAACCUUGAAAAAUCCACCAGUGGGGAGAAGAUACUACGAACUCUCAGAGACAUCAGCCAUUCUCAAGAUCCACAUUCUACAUCUGCUGUUUCAAACCUUGAAAAAUCCACCAGUGGGGAGAAGAUACUACGAACUGUCAAAAUGAGCAGCAAUUCUCAAGGUCCGCAUUCUACAUCUUCAGUCUCUAACCCUGAAAUGUACACCAAUGGGGAGAAGAUACUACAAACUCUCGGAGACAGGAGAGAUUCUCAGAAUCCGCAUUCUGUGUCCACAAUCACUAAACUUGAAAUGCCCACCAAUGGGGAGAAGAUACUCCGAACUGUCAGAGAGAGCAGAAGUUCUCAAAAUCCACAUUCUGUAUCCACAAUCUCUAGUCUUGAAAUGUCUGGCUCUUCAGACUCCAGUGAUUCUUCUUACGUGAUAGUGUCUGCAGAUUCUCAACAAAUGGAUCUGUCAACACAAGAUAGUGAUGAAACUAAAGCAACAGAUAGACAUUCUCAGUCACCUUCAGCAACUACAGUGACCAAUCAGAUGUCCAUGGAAAGCCCACAUACUAGAGAAAAGUGCCAAAAACCUUUCUGCUCAUGUUCUCAAGCAACUGAGAUAGACAGGCAUCCCAAGACUUAUACCAGAGCCAUGGAAGGCACUAAACAGAUGAACAGCAGGUCAAACACAGAGAGAAAAAUAUCCAGUUCUCACUUGGACAGUGUGACUGUUUCAAGAAUAUUAGUCAGAGAUGAAGAGAAGUCCAAGAAUGUAACACAAGCAUUCACCACCGCUAACACUUCCAGUUCUUCAAGGCUUUCAUUCAGACCAGAAAAGACCGAACAAAUGGAUUUGUUGCACAGGGAUUUUGUCGUCACUAAAGAAGCAUUUAUAUUUUCUCAGGCUUCUACAGAACAAAAUGGUCAGCCACUGAGCAGCUCAGAUAUGGAGAGCAUUGCUUCCAACUUUUACACAGAGAACAGAUCUGACAGAAGUGGGAAGAGGAUAAUACAGACUCUAGGGCACACCAGUAGUUCUUACUAUCCAGAAUCAAUAUCCACAGCUUCUCAGAGUAAAAUACCCAGCAGUUCAGCUCUUACUGAUUUUUCUUCUGUGUUGACUCCAGUUCAAACCAGACAAAAAGAUUUAUCUCCUGGGUUCACCAUAGAAGCAGAAAGUACACAUCCUUGGGAUUCCUCACAAGCAACAGAUGCAGAAGAUAGCCAAGUGAGAAGCAGUUCUUUUAAAGAGAAAAUUCCCACUUUUCAGAGAGAUGGUGUAUCUGUUUCAAGUCUAUCAAAAAGAGAUGAAGGUAGUACACUACGAACUGCAAGGGAUGUCAGCAGUUUUGAAAGUGACACACAAACUUCCGCUGUUGCCAAUACUACCAUUUCCAGCAAUUCAGAUUUUGCUCAUUCUUUUCAUAUGAAAACUUCAGAAGAGAUUGGCCCAGAUUUGUCACCUGAAGACACUGAUUUUACUGAAGGAAUGCUUAUACCUUCUCAAGCUCCUUCAGAAACAACAGUUGAAGAGAAUGGUCAGUCACACAGCAGCCGCUCAAGUACAGAAGGCAUUUUCUCCACUUAUCACCUGAACAGUAUCUCCAUUUCAGUUCUAUCUGGCUUAGAUGGGCAGAGGACAUUACGAACCCCAAGAGAUGUCAGUAACGCUCACAAUGUAACGCAAGGAUCCAUAGCCUGGCGCAAUGAAACCUCUAGUUCUUCAGGCCUCACUGGUUCUUCUUACCUGUUAACUCCGGUCGAAACAGAUUUAACUCCUCAGAUCACUGAUGUCACUGAAGGAACAAGCACACAUUUUCAAGCUUCUUCAGAAAAAAUAGGUGUAGAAAGCAGUGAUCCACCAAACAGCAGCUCGAAUAUAGAGACCAGAUUUUCCCAUUCUGAUCAGGACAGUACAUCUGUUUCAGGUUCAUCAGAGAGAGGUGAUGAGCUCACAUUAUCAACUUCAAGAGAAGUCCAGAAUGUUUUUAAUAUAACCCAAAUAUCCACUUCUAAGAAUGAUAACAUCACUAGCUCAUUCAAUGUUGCUGAUUCUUCUUAUACAAUGAUACCAAAACACACCAGAGAAAUGAAUUCAUCAUCAUCGUCUGGGAAUAAUGAUUUCACUGAAGAAGCACUUGCAUAUUCUGAGGCUCCGUCAGAAACAACAGAUGCCAAAAGUAGGCCACAUGCCUUCAGCAACUUCAAUAUCGAAAAGAAGGCCAUUCAGACUGAGGGUAUGUUCUCUUCUACUGUGAUCCAAGAUGAGACCUUUGGCUCUUUAACUACUCAGAGCAGAUCCACAGACUCAACGGAAUUGUCAAGGUUUGAUUUGAAAAAUGCUAGUUCUUCUAUGGUAAUCCAGACAUUGUCUGCCACAUUGCAAAGUAGAAAAGACAAUUCCCCCUCUACUGAAACAGAUUUCACAGAAACCCUAGAACAGUCUUCACAUACGACUUCAUCAAAAGCUUCAAGUUAUUCAUCUUCUGCAAAAGAUUUUUCAAGCUCUACAGACCAUUUUCAAACCAUUAAGGGAUCCGAGGUGGGAAGAAGAUUUUCGAUUGCUUCAACAGACAGCAUCUAUCUAUCAACCACAUUAGUACAUGGGGCAGAAAGGACUUUACGAUCCCUGCCGGAUAACAGCACGUCUGAGGAUGCAACAGAUAGCAACACUUACAAUUCCCUAACUUCCAAAUCUUCGGGGGAAAGCUUGACUUUGUCUGCGGAGCCUGAAACAGAAACACAUAAUGCCUCCCUAAGUGAAGUGCAAUCUAUUGGGCCUUCAACUGAGCAUUCCCUGGAAUAUUCCUCUGGCCUUCCUACAACUCCGUCACCAAAUGAUUCAGCAACUUUUGGAAGCACUGAUAAUUCAACUAGUGGGCCAAGAGUUUUGCAUUUUCACACGAUCAGCACUGGUAGUUCAGCCCCAUUCAGUGAAGGUGAAGAGCAAACUACACAACCUACAAUUAACACUACAGUGAUGGAAGAGACUGAAAGUGUCUCAUCAUAUAUGGAAAAUUUGGACAGUACAAGAUCAAAACCUUCCUCAUCCAAGACUUACUCUAGAAUGACACAUUUAUCUAUAAAAGAUUUGGAUAUCUCUCCAUCUUCAACUGAGGCUUUCCAAAUUCUUAGUUCAUCAACUGAUUCUUCUUCCAAAAGUGAACUUUCAGACACUGGAACAGAAUACCAACCAAUGAGUGGGACUGACUUUGGGAAACAGACCUCUGUUUCUCAUACUGAUAGCACAUACACCUUAACUACCUUUGCCAAGGGUGGAGAAAGGACAUUGCUGUCUCUUCCAAACAACAGCACAUCAGUUGACUCCUCAGGAAGUUCCACUUACUUUGCGGAAAUAUCCAGCGCUUCCGAGUCAGUUCAGUCUUUCUUUUCAAGUGAGGUGGAUUUUUCUGAAAAUUCAACAGAACCUUUGGCAGUUCAUUCCCCGAAAACACCAGAGUAUUCAUCUACAGUGAGUGAACCACACACAACUCGGUAUUACUUAGAAUCAGAAUCUGCAUCCACUGACAGCUUGUCAUUUUCAUCUUCCUCUACAAGGCUGUCAGAGCAGGAUUCUCUUCCACCAGUUCACCCAUCCACUUUGUUUUCCUCAGCCAAGUCUUCUGUCCCAUCCUCUUUUUCUACUUUCCCAUUACCAUUAUCAUCAUCUCCACCCACUUCUCUAAUGACAUUUUCGUCCAUGUUCUCAUCCAAAAAACCAUCCACAUUGCCUUUCUUUCUUUCUAUGUUGCCUUCACUUUCUUCAACACCUUCGUUGUUACAGCCUAAUGAAAGUCUUGAAACAAGUGUUUCUAUGACUGAGCCUGAAGGAACAACUGGAGCAGAACUACACACGACAGGAACUUCCCAUGGCGAAUACAACCACCCAACUACGCAAAAUCCAUUGGUGAACAACACUAUUCUGAUGGCAACUGGGACUUCUCUUCUGACUGAAAUUACUGAACAGCCUGCCCAUCGUUCUUCACAAAGAACAACUUCCCAAGAGGAAACAAAGGGACGGACACUUACUCUCCCAGGAAUCAGUAUUGAGAAUGAACCCAUUACAACUACCUCUUUACCCUAUUUCCAGGAAAUGACCACUACUUCUGAGCCAGCAAAAGCAACUACAGUUAUACCAUUGCAUACAAUCCCUCAAAAGGAUACUUUCCCUUCAUCAAUAGUAACCAUGGGCAAAAAAACUACAGAAAUAACACCCACACCUGGAAGAUUGCCUACUUCAGCAUCAACUAUGAAUUAUUUGUUCACUACAAAGCUUGAAAAAGUUCCGUUGCCCUUUCCUACUGAAAUAUCUUCUUCCCCUGGAAUUCCCACAAAAAUGGUGGAGAAGAGCAGUACAACUACUGUGAAAACCACAGUUCCCAGGACUGUUAUUACCACUUCUCCCUUAACUUCUCAAAAAAACAUUGUUCAGUCUUUUCCUGUUUCACUGAUUCCUUCCAGACCAGCCACAAUUGUGAAUCUAGGAAGCUCAAAGAUAUCUCCAACUGUCUAUGGAAAAGAUGUAGAUGAAUGCCUGCCUAAUCCUUGUCCACCUAUGUCCACAUGCACUCAUGUACAAGGUUCAUUCCAAUGCAUUUGUUCCUUGGGCUAUCAGAUGGAAAAAGGAAAAUGCAACUUGGUAAGGACAUUUGUUGGUCACUUUCCACUAACUUUUAACACAACCGGAGAGACAUAUGCAGAACUUCAUCAAAUUGAAGGAGUUAUCAUAAACCUGCUGAACGAAUCCCUUUCAACAUUUCCUGGUUAUUAUACUUCAACUGUUAAAGCCUCAAGGCAGGAAGGUACUGUUCAAAUAUCCAUCCUGAGCACCUUUUCCAUGGCUUCCAACGUCACCUUUUCUGAAGUAAUCGGCACAGUGCAAAGCCGGAUCCGAGCCUGCAAAGCUCCCACCCUACCCUGCCAGUUCAUCUCUAACUUGACCCAGCUCUAUAGAGUUGGUGGUCUAUGUAAACAUAAAGAUCCGGAAUGUGACAGAGGGACUGCUGUGUGUGUAGACUUGGAUGGCAUUGCCGUUUGCCAGUGCAAACCUGGGUAUUUCAAAUAUAACAAACUGGAUUAUUCAUGCAGAGCGUGUGAAGAUGGGUAUAAACUUGAAAAUGACACUUGUGUGAGUUGUCCAUUUGGAUUGGGGGGAUUCAACUGCAAGAAUCCAUACCAGCUUAUCACCAUCGUGAUUGCAGCAGCUGGAGGGGGACUUCUGCUCAUUAUGGGAAUAGCUCUGAUAGUCACAUGCUGCCAAAAGAAUAAAAAUGAUAUAAGCAAACUCAUCUUCAAAAGCGGUGACUUCCAAAUGUCACCGUAUGCAGAAUAUCCCAAAAACCCUCGUGUUCAGGACUGGAGCAGAGAAACCAUUGAAAUGCAAGAGAACGGGAGUACUAAAAACCUAUUACAGAUGACGGAUGUUUACUAUAUGCCAACUAAUCUAAGGAAUCCUGAACUAGAAAGAAAUGGGAUCUAUCCGCCUUACACAGGUCUUCCAGGAUCUCGACAUUCCUGUAUAUACCCUGGACAAUAUAACCCAUCCUUCAUUAGCGAUGACAGCAGAAGAAGAGAUUAUUUUUAAUCCAGGUGAAAAAAGGCAGCAAUUGGGUGGCAAAUGGGACCUUUGUAUGCAACAUGUUCCCAAGUAUGCAGUCGUCAGACAACAACUCGGUCACAACUGUGUAUAGAAGGGGACUUUGAACCUGUGGAAAAUCUCAGAAGGAGCUGCGCACAAGGAGCCACCUCCAACUGAGCAGCCAAAAGAAGGCAGGUGUGGAAAGCAAGUUCCGUACGUCUGGUUGUCGGAAAGACAAGGAAGACAUUCUGCGUAUGUUCCUCACCACUAACUGUCACAUAAUGUGAACGUAAUAAUAGAUCGUGAAAGCAAAACUAACAAAACACUGUGGAUGACACGCUAAAUCUGAUGCCAUUAGGGUGUGUUGUGUUUACAGAUAGUGUCUAGUGUGCUAGGUGUGUGUUGCCCACUUUUUUUUAAUGCAAAGCUGGCUUGAAUGAAUGUUAUGGAACGAACCCUUGCCCUGUUGCCAGGUGUCUACUAGGAGGUACUCACAGCAUGUUGCUUACCGAGUGGUGGAGAUGGGUACGGGAAUAUGGCCUAGAGAUAUGGGAUCCUCAUGCAGAAUCCAAGGUGGGGGUUUAUCCCGCUCCAAAAAGGAAAAAAAAAAGGUGAUUUCCCCAUGAUCUGUCCUGUUAUUUAGUUAUGGCCUAAUUUUGUAGCAGUGCUGCUUAACUCAUUGCCCUUAUUCAUUCUUCCCUUAUGCACUCCAGGCCAGAUGCAAAAAAAGUUACGUUUAGUUAUGUUCUGUGGAUUUUUUCCUCUUGUCUGUCUAAUGAGGGUGUAGGUCUGUCUAUGGAGAUUCUCAAUCAUCCAGUUCAUGGUUAUCCCAAAGGUGCUUUUUUUUCCAAAAGGCAACUGGACUUUCUUGUUUUGUUUUGUUUUUUAAAAAAACCUUUCACUUCUCAUCCAAGAAGCUUCUUCUAUUCUAACUGAAGAAGUUCUAACUUCAGUUAGAACUGAAGAAGCUCCUUGGAUGAGAAGCGAAACCUUUUCAAAGAAAAAAAACACCAAGAAAGUGCAGCUGCUUUUGGGAAAAAGCACCUUUGGGAUGCUGGUGUACAAUAGGUCAUCUGCAUGUAAUACAACCUUCUGUAAUAGAUUACAUUGUCCAGAUCCUGACCAAGGUUUUCCAGGUUUGCAAAGUUGCUCCUACAUCAUUUGACAAUAGUAAAUGCACAAAAUGUACAAACAGAUAUUAUCCAAGACAGCUUAGUCUCAUACUGUAUAUUGUUCAUAGACUUCUUUAUAACAUUUCCUGAUUUUUAAAAAAACACACCUUUGAGGAACUUUGAUAUUUGUUCUAAACAAGUGCUAUUCUGAAAAGUGAUCUUUGUCAAGGUGUGGCAAGUUGCUAGGUAGUAAAGAUGGUUGAGUGGAACUUGAGCUGAAUCAUAAAAGUUCGUGAAUGGCGAAGACCGGAUAGACAGAUUAUUCAUUUGUAUUAGAAGAGUACAGAAUGUGAGCAAAUUGAACAGAAGACCAUGUGAUCAAUUCAACUUUGGUCCUUCAGAGUCACAGACUGUGCUUACCUUGUGCAGUAGUUCCCUAUCUGCAACGCUGCACAAACUGGUACAGAAAGAUAUGCCAUGAUGCAGAAGAAAACAUGUACGAUAGAGGCUACCACAACCAGUUUGCCUCCAGGAUUGGCUAUCCGAUAUAGAAUCAUGAAGUCCCUAUGAAGUCCCUGGAACUAUCCUCUAUGGUUAUACUUAAUUCUGUAAUCAGAGCAGUAGACAGUUUAGCACUGUUGAUAUUUGGGGGGCAUACUAUGGCACCCAUGAAAUAGUAAGUGCCUAGUCAUAAAAUGCUCAUUUAGAUAAAAGGCAAGGCAAUGAGGUACAUCCAUUCACCAAUUUGUUUAUUAAGAAUGCCUCUGGCAUCUAACGCAUUGUCAGAAAUAAAAGUUGUUUUUGUUGGGUGCUUUAGAGCAGACUAGCUUCACAUUCAUUGUUUCAAAUUAAAAUCCAAAAGGGGAAAAAAAUUAGGGAAGAAAGCUUUGUGGGCAUCAAAAGGCACAAUGUUAUCUCUGGCCAUAAUGUUGGACAUCCAGAAAUUAUAACAAUUGUCCAAGGUAUUUCUGGGGAAAUUGAUUGUUUCAAGAGGCUAAGAUCAAACUAAAGCAUCCACAUCUGUGCUUCUAAGCGUAUAUAUUGGUCCUCUUUUAUUUAUAGACUAAGCAGGGUCUAACGAUGGGAAAGGUGGAAGGAAAGAGAAGAGGGCAACCUAUAGCAAGGUAGAUUGAGUCAGUAAUGGGUGCACCACUGAAAGACUUGAAGGACCAAGUUAGGGAGACAUUGUCUUGGAGAAAUUCUAUGUGGUCAAUAAGGAUUGGCACUGACUUGAUAGCAUAUAUGCAACCAAAGUAGAUGAAGUAGUUUUUCCCCAAUCUAUGCAGAGACUAUAAUAGAAGGUUAUUUUCUUAAAACACCUGGAACACACCAGGUUGGGAAAAACUGUACUAAGCAGUCUCUUCCAUUUUGUUUCAGUCUGUAACUUCUCCAUUUAUGAAAUGAUGUAGGAACAACAUGUUGACAGUUGUUAACAAUAUUUAACUGUGUGCUGUUCAGAUUGCUGCCUUCUAUAUUGGGAUUUGCUGUGUGAUGAAUUUAAGACUGUAGAAAGCCCUCUAUUAUGUGAAGAUUUCCCCUCCCCCCCCAAAGCUGAUUGGACUAGAAGACCUCCAUGGUCCCUUCCAACUCCGUUAUUCUGAUCCUGCUUGAUAUGGAGUAUAAAUGAGGAAGUAUAAAUGUGAACUCCUGGAUCAAGCACAAAAUAACCUGGGGCCGAAGGGAUUGAGUGGGGGAGCCUUCCAGCAUGCAGUUAAAUUGUAUUUGUGCUGCAUCAGGAUUGCACAUACACACCCAAAGAGAUGGCCAGUACUGCCAUGAGCUAGCAACACUGCCCGUAUUAGCCAUCUACUUGAUAGCUCCAGAAACAACUUGGUGGGUCAAAGUGUCUCAAGCAGGACUUUCUUUUUAGACAGCAAAAAAAAUCUGUUGUCUACAUUCACUUUCCAAGAAAUGUGUCAUUCCCUUAAUUUAAACAACCAAACUGUUUCUUACACCAUCAAUUUAUACCACAAGUUUAAACAAAAUAUCUAAUUCUUUAAUUUAAUCCUCUCAAUUAUAUCUCUCAACCUAUUGAGUGAAUCUUGCCAUUGGAUCUCCUGGAGAUUGAGAUUUUGUACUAGAUCAGGGCUGUCAAACUCAAGGCCCAGGGGCCAGAUCUGGCCCGUGGAGCUGCCCUGGAAACAUAGAAGGGCUGGCCCGCAAUGCCUCUGCCAGCAAAAAUGGAGCUUGGGAGAGGCCAUAUGACAGAGGCCGUCCCAGCUGAAAACGGAGCUCACGUGGGCUUCCCGAGCUCCGUUUUCACUGGCAGAGGGUUGCAGGAGGCCGUCGCAGCUGAAAACGGAGCUCAGGAGCCCAUUUUCACUGACAGAGUAUUCGGGUCACCACAGCUCAAGUGACGUUGAGCUGGCCAGGCCCAUCCUGGCCAAGCCCCUCUGCCCCCACCAGGUCAAACACAAUCCUUAUGCGACCCUCAAUGAAAUCAAGUUUGACACCCCUGUACUAGAUGGACAGAUUUAAUACGGUGAAUUCUUAUAAUUUUGGCCAACCAUCAUUCUCAGUAUUUCCUUGGGGACAACCAUAACAAUUUCUUGUCAUUAAUAGGCACACAUUUCCACUGUAGAUGUAUUCUUCAAAGAUGAUAACAGUGAAAGCUCUAUGGAGUUUAAUUUUGUUGCUAAGCAACAAAAAAAACCCCUUCCCUGCAUAAAGGGGACCCAAAGUAGUUAUUAAUUUAUUUAGCUGAAAUAAUUUGAUUUUUCCAGGUGAUUGUCUUGAAUCAUCAUUGUUUAAUAUCAGUGUGCUGAAACUGAUAUUUAAAAAACCUUAAUUGGGUUUUAUUUAUUUACUCUUUACAAAGGGCAAGCUUGACUAUUUUGAGAAAAUAUUUAAGGUUAUGAAUAUAUAUACUUACGUGAAAUAAGUUCUAUCAGACCAAAUAUUUUUUUUCUCUUGGAGGCCUGGCCUUCCGAUUAUAACAUAAAUAUCUAUAAGUAUGGGCACAUUAAUUCAGGGGUGAUCAACUAUGCUGACCCUCCUCAUUUCAGCUGCAUUAAAAACUCCCUAGACCUGCUUUUCUUUGUGAAAUAUAUAAAUUAGAUAUUUUUUGCACGAAAAUAAUAAGCACUGAUUUCUAUGAAAUUAGUUUGCUUCACAGAAAGUUCUCCAGAGAAGCAUGUAAUACCUUAUAUCACUUCUUAACUCACAAGUAUGUGAAAAGUUUGAACCUAAUGUUAAUUUUGCAUGAAAUCUUGUCUUUUUUGUUUUCUUAUAAAAUUUACAUUUGUCACUUUUAUUAGGCCAAACUCAAAGCUGCAUAUGAUACCUUCAAAGAUAAAUCAUGCCUUGUGUUUUUCUUCAUGAUGACCCUGAAUUACUGACCAUCAAUGACUUGUAAUUAUUGUAUUGUACAUUGAUCAGCUUUGCAUAUUUGUGAACAUAUCUUCUGAUUUGUUUUGGUUAUUUUAAUUUUCCACACAGUGUUAUUUAAAAUCGUAUCUUAUUUGCAAUCUUCACUAAUUAUACAGUAAUGUAGUUUCUAAAGUAUAAUUUCUAAAAAUUGGAUUAUUUUUAUACCAGCGUCCAACAUAUCUGAACUCUGGCGUUCUAGUCAGUAUGUUAAAAAAAAGGCUACAAUAAAAGUAUUAAUAAUA